AUGUUCAAAUUUUACCCAUCCGACUUCUUCCACUUCGAGUUCCUGCGCGUGCUGGCCAGCGCGCCCGCCGGCGGGGCCGAGACGGGCGAGUGCCUGGCGGUGCUGCCGCAAGUACCGGACGGGGACGCCGAGGCGUGGUACCGGGCGUGGACGGCGCAGGCGCAGCAGGCGCGGGGACGGGGCGACGACGCCCUCGUCUCCGGGGACCCGGUCGCCGCGUCGGGGGCGUACCUGCGCGCCAGCAACUACUUCCGCGCCAGCGAGUUCUUCCUGCACGCCCGCCCGGACGACCCACGGCUGCUGGCGGCGAUCGAGAAUAGCGUCGCCGUGUUCGAUCAGGGGGUGGAUCUGCUGGAUAGCUGCACCGUGGUGCGGGUGGAGAUUCCGUAUGAGGAGGAGAAGGGGGUUGCGAGGCUGCCGGGCAGAUUGUAUCUCCCCCGGGCGGCGGGCGUCGCAGACCAACUGGACAGCAAGAAGAAGCGCCCGCUCCUCGUUAUGACGGGCGGGUUCGACUCCACGCAGGAGGAGCUGUACUUCUUCGGGCCUGCGGCUGCCCUUCCGCGCGGGUAUGCGGUGCUCACCUUCGAGGGACCGGGCCAGGGGAUCUGUCUCCGUCGCGACGGGCUGCGGCUGCGCCCGGACUGGGAGCAGGUCACGACUCAAGUGCUCGAUGUGGUGGAGGAGCUGGCGAAGGAUCAUCCGAUUGACUUGGCCCGGGUUGCAGUGGUCGGCGCCUCGCUGGGCGGGUACUUCGCUCUGCGGGCGGCGGCGGACCCGCGCGUGCGGGCGUGCGUCUCGUGCGACGCGUGCUACGAUCUGUUCGACGUGACGCGCAGCCGCAUGCCCGGCUGGUUCAUCAACGGGUGGUUGAGCGGGCGGCUCAGCGACGGGUUCUUCAACUGGGUGGUCGACAAACUGGCGGGGUGGAGUUUCCAGCUGCGCUGGGAGUUCGGCCACAGCAUGUGGGUGUAUGGAGUCAAGACGCCGGCGCAUGUGAUGCGCUGCAUGCAGCAGUACCACGCCCGCGGGUAUUUGCAAGACAUCAAGUGCAGUACGUUUGUGACGGGCGCGGCGGAGACGUUCUAUUUUACGCCGGAGCAGAAUACGCAGCCGAUCUUUGAAGCGUUAGGGCAUCUCCCGCCGCAGAAGAAGCGGUUGUGGAUCGGGAAGGGGGUGGACGGCGGUGGGCUGCAGGCCAAGAUCGGGGCGUGGGCGGUGUUUCACCAGAAGAUGUUUGCAUGGUUGGAUGAGCAGUUUGGGAUCAGGCGGGGGAGAGCUGUUCCCAUCCAAGCCGCGGCCGCACUCAACAACCUGACUCUCGACAUCCCGCAACCCUUCGCCUUCGGCACGGCCAACAAGACCCCGGAGUUCAUCCGCAAAUUCCCCACUGGCAAGGUGCCCGCCUUCGAGUCUGCCGACGGCCAGAUCACGCUGGUGGAAUCCGACGCGAUCGCGCAGUACGUGGCCGCCUCCGGGCCGGCGGCGCCGGCGCUGCUGGGCCGAAAUGUCGCCGAGCAGGCGGCGGUGCGCCAGUGGGUCUGCUUCGCGGAGAACGAGGUGUUCCGGAACAUGAUGGCGGUGGUACUGUGGCGCGUGGGGAUGCGGGAGUACGCUGCCGGGGUCGAGGGGGAGGGGGCGAAGGGGUUGGAGGAGGCGUUGGCUGUGUUGGAGCGGCAUCUUGCAGCGGGGGAGAAAGAGUAUCUUGCGACGGAGGGGGAGUUGUCCCUGGCGGAUUUGAGUGUUGCGUCCGCACUGUUUUGGGCAUUCAUGCAUUAUAUUGAUGCAGAGAUGAGGGGGCGGUUUCCUCGGGUUGUGCGGUGGUAUCUGGGGGUGGUUGCGGCGGAGAAGGUGAAGGAGGUGUUUGGGGAGCCUAACUUGGUUGCGGUGCGGAAGGCGGCGCCUGUUUAG